ACAUCUUUCGUUUAACUUACAUGACACUGGUUAUAUGGCGGGUCAUUGCAAAGAGCCGCACAAGUAUGCUGCGAAAUUAGGUAACAUGAGCUGAAAAUUAUUGAGCAAUUGAGUGAGAAAUAAUCCUUUGGCAUUGGAGAUGAGGAGAUAUUGUGUGCGCAAUGGUAUUCCUUUUCUCUCUUUGUCUCCUAAUUCUCAUUCUUGUUUUACGGCAAUUUCAGUGAGAAUUUUUAGUAAUAAAUCCAUUUCUAAAUUUGAUUGUGGGUUUAACAUCAACUGUUUAGAUGAUGCUGUGAUUCUCUUUAAGCAAAUGGUUACAAUGAAGCCUCUUCCAUCAGUUGUUGAAUUUUCUAAAUUAUUUAAGACUAUGAUAAAUAUGAAGCAUUAUUCUGCUGUUGUUUCUCUUUUUCGAGAAAUGCAGAAAUUGGGUAUCCCAAUCAAUGUAAUCAUCUUAAAUAUUGUCAUUAAUAGUUAUUGCCUGAUGCAUCGUGUUGAUUGUGCAUUUUCGGUGUUACCCAUUUACCUCAAGAAUGGUAUUCCGUUUACUGUUGUCACCUUUAACACCCUAUUAAGGGGAAUCUUUGCUGAAAAUAAGGUGAAAGAUGCUGUUGAAUUGUUCAAAAAGGUGGUGAGGGAGAAGAUUUGUGAGCCCAACACCGUCAUGUAUGCAACCGUCAUGAAUGGGCUUAGUAAAAGGGGUCAUACAGAGAAGACUUUGAGUUUGCUCCGGUUAAUGGAACAAGGGAACAACACUAAACCCAACAUAAUUAACUACAACAUCAUUAUAGAUGCCCUUUGCAAAGAUGGGAACUUAGAUGUUGCUAUCAAUCUUAUGAAUGAGAUGAAGCAGAAAGAUAUUCCUCCAGACAUAGUUACAUAUAACUCAAUAAUUGAUGGUAUGUGUAAGCUUGGUGAAUGGGAAAAGUGUAAGACUUUCUUCUCUGAGAUGGUAAACCUUAAUAUUUAUCCAAAUGUACAAACCUUCACCAUACUAACAGAUGGACUCUGCAAAGAAGGAAAAGUCGAAGAGGCCAAGGAAGUAAUGGGAUACAUGAUCGAAAAAGGUGUAGAGCCUAACAUAGUCACCUACAAUUCAAUAAUGGAUGGAUAUUGUUUGACUGGUCAACUUGAUGAAGCGAGGAGACUUUUUGAUUUCAUGAUAAAUAAGUGCAUUGAGCCUAGCAUUAUUAGCUACAACAUACUAAUAAAUGGGUACUGUAAGAAAAAGAAAUUGCCUGAGGCCAUGCAAUUAUUUUGUGAAAUUUCUCAAAAGGGACCAAAGCCUAGUACUUCCACCUAUAGCACUAUCUUGCAAGGUCUGGUUGAUGUCGGAAGAAUUGGAUCUGCUAAAAAUAUCUAUGCUGAGAUGCUAUCUGCAGGGUAUAUUCCUGAUUUGUACACUCAUAACAUUUUGCUCAAUGGUUAUUUUAAGUAUGGACUUGUUGAAGAAGCGAUUUCACUCUUUAAUAAGUUGGAAAAAAAGGGAGAAAAUACUGAUAUUGAAUUUUACAAUGUUGUCAUUAAUGGAUUGUGCAAAAAUGGUAAACUUGACGAAGCUCAUGCUCUUUUUGAGAAGCUUUUUUCAAUGGGAUUGCUUCCGAAUGUGAAAACAUACACUACAAUGAUUAAUGGAUUUUGUUUACAAGGAUUAUUAGAUGAAGCUAAAGAUAUGCUUAUGAAAAUGGUGGGCAACAAUUGUUAUCCAAACAAUGUCACCUACAAUGUUAUGGUGCAAGGAUUCCUCAGGUGCAGCAGAAUUAGUGAAAUGACAAUUUUCAUGAAGGAAAUGACCGGAAGAGGCUUCUCAUUUGAUGCAUCUACAACUAAGUUAUUGGUAAACAUUAUAGGGGAUAAACCUUUAGUCCUUGACAUGAUACCCGAGCUUCACUUGAAAAAUAAGAAGUGAAUAUUUCUUUCGCUUGGUUUAUUCGGCUGUGCUAUCACUGUGAUACAAUUACCCUUUUAUCCAUGCAAAAGAAAUGGCUUACUAUGCAAUUGCAGAAGCUGAUUGAUUGCACUUAAGAUGCUGCUUGAGAUUUUUAAAAUUGAGGAGGUUGCUUUUGCUUACUCACUGUGGUGGAAGUUUCAGAAAGAUGGAAAGUUUAUUGUCAAAGUAUGUUAUAGAAAUUUUUGGGGAAUAUGGGAAGCAUUCAAAAGGACUGGUCAUGGAGAACAAUUUGGAAGACACCUGUUUCACUUGGAUCGCUACCCCCGAAGCUUGUUCUCUGCAGCAGCCAGCAGAUGCUUUUUGUGUGAAAGUGCUCGUGAAUGUGUAAAUCAUCUACUGCUUCACUGCACCUUCACUAGAAAGAUCUGGACAAUGUUUCGUGCUAUUUUUGGUGUCUAACAGGUCAUGCCAGGAUGCAUUGUAGAGAUCGAAUAGUUGAUCUUUAGGGAUAGGAAUGGUGUAUCUUUAGGAUGUAAUCUUUAUUUUCUCUAUAUAAUGAAAAGACUCUAUCACUUUGAGGAGCAUUCAACAGAAAAUUGACAGCAAUAUCCCUGGGAGUCAUUGCCAGAAAAUUUUAAACCUUAAAGGCUUGUUCAUCUCUAUCUCUGGUGGAGUUUACUGUAUGAUUUAUGCACAAAAAGAAAGGAGUUUUUAUCGUGUCUACGAUGGCUAGAUCUGAUCUUUCCUAGAAGACCGAUGCAAACACCAAAUAUUACGGGGAUGAUAAAUUUGGAGGGUUUGAAUCUGGAGAAAUUAAAUGCAGUAGUCUUAAAAAGGUUUACUCUUCCCUGGGUUAUUGCAAAAAAACUCAUUAAGUUAAAUUGUAGGAAGUAGGUUACCAGGAUCAGCAUCACCCAGUGCCUCGUUGAUCCAGCUAAGCACUCGGAGUUAGUGGUGGGCCUCCUUGCAUUCCGAAUGACACACAUUUACUGUUUUCAGUCUUUUCUUUUUAUAGAAUGUUGUGGGGUCUGUCCCAACAUUCAUCUUAGUAUUAUAGAGGCUUUAGAUAGUUUAGUUUGAGUCUCUUCUUUGUAUUGCAGAUGUUUUACUAUGAGAUUUAAGUGCCAUUUUGGCCAAGAUACUUAUUUCAAGUUAUUUUUAUGAGAAUGUUUCUUGUAUUGA